CCUGCCAGCAGUAUGUAACAUACUCAAAGUCCUACCAAGUUGAACACACAUAUUUGAGUACUUUCCGUCCUGCUGGCAGUACUGAAAACAUCCCCAUUGUGAAGACCGUUUCAUUCUCUUCACAGCGCACAAAAAAAUCAGGUUGGUACGACUGUUUGUUCAGUAAUGGCGAGAUGUUUCAUGAAGGCUGUUGCGUCUUUGUUUUGGCUCCAUAUUUUGAUGCGCCCAACACCGAAAAUGAGUGGAGAAAGUCGAUUUUUGGUGAAAAUUGGAAGACAGAAAAGUGUUUUGGAGCUAUAGUUUCAAUAAAUAAGUGUUUCGGUAGUGUGAAAUGGGAUAUUGAUGGGAAUACUACAAAAGUUUGGUUAGCAGACAUCAACCCACAUGUCAAAAGUUAUACAGUGCAGCCAGCUCUUCAUACACAGGCCAAGAACAGACUUCAAAAGGAAUUGCAGUUUCCACAGCUAAUCAAGAAAAAAUACCUACUUCAACUUCAAUUCCAAGUGGUUCUGCAGUUUCCACACGUAUUGCUAAUCAAAAGAAAAGGAGAAAAUUUGAUAAAUUGCCUAAAAUUAGGAAGCCUACCAACAAAACACCAGUUGCUUUCACAUCUGAAGUUUCUUCAUAAUCAGACUCCAAAAUAGAGCAGGACACUUCUAUAAAUGAUCUUUUUGCUAACAACAACAAUAAUACAAAAUUAAAUAUUCAACCUAAUCAAAGCAGUUGUAAUGAGAUUUUCAGGGCUCAUGAAACGUCUUGGAAAUUUGGACCAAAUGUUUCAAUUGAUACAUUCAAAGAAUCUAAAUAUAAUCCUCGAUUGAACGUUCAGGACCCAAAAUUACUCUCUGAACUA